AUGUCAUUCUUUAUAUUUCUCAUUGAGUCCAACAAGAUUUUUACUAACGUCUUUAACUUUCUGCAGAACUUGGAAAAUGAAGUUAUAGAGGACUACAUGGAAAGUACUUCAAAUAAACUUAAAAAAUACGACUUUUUAAGCAAGAAAAAUAAAACAAACUUAGAAUGGUGGCAAACAGGCAUUAUUUAUGAAAUAUACCCUCGAUCUUUUAUGGAUUCAACUGGCAAUGGCAUUGGAGACUUACGAGGAAUAAUUGAAAAAAUUCCCUAUCUUAAGUAUUUGGGAAUAUGUGCUGUUUGGUUAACUCCAAUAUACCCUUCACCGGGACGUGAUAUGGGUUAUGAUAUAACGAAUUACAGAGGAAUUGAUGACCUUAUGGGUACCAUGGAAGAUUUUGAUGAGUUAAUGAAUAAACUUCACGAAAAUGGUAUUAAAAUUAUUCUUGAUAUUGUACCAAACCAUACAAGUGAUCAACACGAAUGGUUUGUUAAGUCUGUACAGAGUAUAGAACCGUAUACAGAUUAUUACGUAUGGGCCGAUGCAAAAUAUGUAAAUGGGACCAGACAAGUGCCAAAUAAUUGGGAAUCAGUAUUUGGAGAUAGUAUGUGGGAAUGGAAUGAAACCAGGCAGAAGUAUUAUUUACAUCAGUUUUUUAAGGAACAACCAGACUUAAAUUUUUGGAAUCCAUUAGUCCGUGAAGAAAUAAAAGACAUGAUGCGCUUCUGGUUAGAUAAAGGUGUUGAUGGAUUUCGAUUCGAUGCAGUUGAACACCUUUAUGAGAGACAGGAUUUACUGGAUUCACCUUUAUUGGCCAAUGGCCAGUUACAGACAGUUAAUUAUACACAAGAAUUAGAAGAAGUUGUAUAUGAAGUAUAUGACUGGAGAUCUUUAUUAGAUGAAUACAAGAAAAAGGAUGAUCAAACAAGAUUCAUGGUCACUGAAGUAUAUUCAGAAUUGAAAUAUUCGAUGAGAUAUUAUGGAAAUAAAACAAACCUUGGAGCCCAUUUCCCUUAUAAUAUAUGUCUUCUGCAGCUGUUUCGUCGGCCUGCAAAAGAAUAUGUUGAGAAACUAACAGAAUGGAUGUCAAAAUUGCCAUCUGGAGCAUGGUCAAGUUGGAUUAUUGGAAAUCAUGAUAUUGAUGAACGUGCAACCACGAGAUUUGGAUUGGAAUUGAUAGAUGGUAUUCAUAUGUUACAAUUGCUCUUACCAGGAACACCCAUUGUUUAUAUGGGUGAUGAAUUGGGAAUGACAGAUACAUAUUUGAGAUAUGAUCAGAUUUAUGAUGAUAAGUCUAAAUCAAGUGGUAGAUAUCGUGAAACAGUUCGUACACCAUUUCAAUGGGAUUCCUCACCUCAAGCUGGAUUUUCUAAUAAAACAAAAACAUGGUUACCGGUCAACCCUAAUUAUGUAACGCUAAACGUCAAGUUUGAGCAGAACGCUGGACGUAGUCACUUGAAGAUAUUCAAAGAAAUUGUAAAUCUGAGGCAGAUGGAAAUAUUCCGAACGGGAGACGUACAAUUUUACGAAAUAUCAGAAUAUGUAUUUGCUUUUUCAAGAAGUAACAAAUUUUUAAAAACCUACUUUGUUGUCAUUAACCUUGGAUCUGAAUUAGAAAAUAUCAACCUCAACAAAUUCAAGAAGAGACUAUCUUCUAAGUUGACUGUGAAAAUUUCUAGUUUGUUUGCCGAACAAAAUAAUGGAGACGUUGUUAGUGCUAAAUCGUUUACUUUAAGACCUUCUGCGGCACUUGUUUUGGAGUCAUCGUUUAUUAAUUUAUGA